AUGCAGACAUACUUCACUCCCAGGGACCACUUCCUCGCGCGCGCAGUGGUCGCGGCCAACCAGGGGUUCUCGAAGGCGGUGGCGGAGCUGAAGGAGCGCAAGAGGCCCGACGACAGCGUAGACGUCGAAGACAUAGACCCUCCGCGCAUCACGGAGUUCUACAUGGUCACGACUGCGGCGAAGCAGGCUGCAGCGGAGGAUGGCGACGGAUCGGGAGCAGUCCUUAUGAACGAGUUUUCGAAGAACAACACCCGCCAGAGGCAGCCGAGCUACAUCGCGAAGUACGGACGCGGCCGCGACCACUCCGCCGUCGAGAUCGCCGGGCGGCGGUGGCUCCGCUCCGACACGGCGGGGAACGUGCCGCUCCGGCACCUGGCGACGCAGACGCACGGGCCGCCUUGCCCCGCCCCGUGCGAGCGGGGUGGACAGGAGCUCCAGAUCCGUCAGGUCGCGGUGUCGAACCCGCUGCAGCGCGAGCUGGCGGACACCGAGAUCUCCCUGCUGAAGUCCCUCAACCACCCGAACAUCAUGAAGAUGCACGAGGUGUAUUUCGAGAACGGCGGCGGGGGGCGCAGCGUGACCAACGGCAACAUCUACCUCGUGACGGAGCUCUGCGAGGGGGGCGACUUGUUCUCGCGCAUCCUCCACCACUAUGGAAGGCUGAAGCAGCCGAUGACCGAGAGCCACGUGGCGUUCAUGAUGACGCAGAUCCUGUCCGCGACGAAGUACUGUCACGAGAAGGGCAUCGUGCACCGGGACAUCAAGCCAGAGAACAUACUUUUCGUGGACCGGAGCUCGAGCUCUCCGGUGAAGAUCAUCGACUUCGGCCUCGCGAACUUCACCGCGAAGAUUCGGGAGCAGGCGAAGGAGGUGGACCUCCCGCGCAGCGGAAGGCUCGGUCAAUUGGCAAGAUUACUGCCCGCCGUGAACGGCAAGCACGUGAUACCGCUGCAGGAGAGAAAAACGGUGAUGCAGAAGGCAGGGACGCCUCACUACAUGGCCCCUGAGAUGAUAGAAGGUGAAUACGACCACCUCGCGGACAUGUUCAGCAUUGGCAUCAUCUUGUGUCAGUUGUUCACUGGUUGGCAUCCCUUCUAUCAACCGGGUGACGACGAAGUGUCCGUCCGCGUGAAGAUCUCCGACCCCGAGCCGGUGAGGUUCCCGGCGGACAUCUGGGAGUUUGUCAGCCAGCAGGCCCAGGACCUCUGCCGCAAGCUGCUGGACAAGAACCCGAGGACCCGGCUCAGUGCUGCACAGGCGCUGAGGCACUCGUGGUUCGAGGACGGCAAGCCCUCGGCUUUCGGCAAUAAGGAGGUGCUGAGCGUAUCGAUCUUCGACGGUUUGAUGAAGUACCAGGCCUACAACAAGCUCAAGAGGGCGGUGCUGCAGCUCCUGACCCGAGAGCUCUCCGAGUUUCAGAUCCAAGAGCUCAGGAACAAGUUCAUGGGCCUGGACACCCAAGGGGACGGGCUGCUGUCUCCCGAGGUAGCGGCGUUUGUAGAAUCGGCUAGUGCCAGGUACAGGAAGUCCUAUACAUGGCUUAGCGAUUAG